AUCUUAGACGGAAGCGCAAGAAGUGGGGAGAAUAUUCGGAGUGAUUUUUUUCCCCCUUGGUUGGGGUACGAAUUUGAAACUUUGAUUUGGACUGGAUUUCAGUCUUUAAUCUAGUAGUCCAGUCUACAUCAAACUACUCCGUAUCAAAGUGCACUUUUUCUGGGUUGGUGAGAAUCAAUAUCCAUUUACUGUGAUUUCAACAACCUAAAACUACACUCAAAAUUCUUCCUCUGCGAAUUCGCCUCCAUUGAACAACUUUGACUAAGAGAGGUAGGAGAGAAAGAGAGAUCAAAACAUGGCAUCUACAGGUUUGGUGAAGCUUAAUGGUGCAUCAUCACAAUGGAUGGGACAACAGUCCUUCAAUUCCAAUGGCAGAUCAUCAAAUUUCAUUACAACUCGCCGAGUUUCCAUGCCAAUCCGUUCCAGUUCGAGCUCUUAUACCGAUGAGCUUGUCAAAACUGCUAAAACUAUUGCUUCUCCCGGACGUGGUAUUCUUGCCAUUGAUGAAUCAAAUGCAACUUGUGGGAAGAGAUUGGCAUCAAUUGGCUUGGAUAACACAGAGGGAAAUCGUCAGGCUUAUAGACAACUUCUACUGACAACUCCUGGCCUUGGUGAAUAUAUUUCUGGUUCCAUUUUGUUUGAGGAAACACUGUACCAGUCUACAACAGACGGGAAGAAAUUUGUUGACUGUUUACGUGAUGAGAAUAUUGUUCCAGGCAUCAAAGUUGACAAGGGUUUGGUUCCUUUGCCGGGUUCAAAUAACGAAUCUUGGUGCCAAGGGUUAGAUGGUUUGGCUUCAAGAUCUGCUGAGUACUACCAACAGGGUGCUCGUUUUGCAAAAUGGCGUACCGUUGUUAGUAUUCCGUGUGGACCUUCUGCAUUGGCUGUUAAAGAAGCUGCAUGGGGACUCGCUCGUUAUGCUUCUAUCUCUCAGGAUAAUGGUCUUGUCCCCAUAGUGGAACCGGAGAUCCUUCUUGACGGAGAUCACCCAAUUGAGAGGACACUUGAAGUGGCAGAACGGGUGUGGUCAGAAGUCUUCUAUUACUUGGCUGAAAACAAUGUUAUGUUUGAAGGAAUACUUCUCAAACCCAGCAUGGUAACGCCUGGAGCUGAACACAAAGAGAAGGCUUCUCCUGAGACCAUUGCCAAAUUUACCCUUCAAAUGCUUAGCAGAAGAGUUCCUCCCGCUGUUCCUGGAAUCAUGUUUUUGUCUGGAGGACAGUCUGAAAUGGAAGCGACCUUAAACCUUAACGCGAUGAAUCAGAGUCCAAACCCAUGGCACGUUUCUUUCUCCUACGCGCGUGCUCUACAAAACAGUGUGCUUAAGACGUGGCAAGGACGUCCUUGGAAUGUAGAAGGAGCACAGAAGGCUCUUCUUGACCGUGCUAAGGCAAAUUCCCUUGCCCAACUCGGGAAGUACACUGCUGAAGAUGAGAGUGACGAAGCACAUAAGGGAAUGUUCGUCAAGGGUUACACCUACUAAAUCAAAGUUAAAAGCUAGAUAUAAUACAUAUUUAAUACAAACUACAAAGAUAAAGUUCUAGAUUUUAUUGAUCUCACAUCUCAUUUGUUAGCCUAGCAAUGGUGUUUGGAUCAUGGCGUAGUCAUAUGGGCGUAUUGUUCUGAAAAAGAAUUUGAUGAAUGCCACUAGAUAUUGUGUUUUUUAUCUGUUAUAUUCACCAUUUGGAAAUAUGGGCAUUGAUUUUGUGUUA